UCCUCCUAGAGGCGGUAUGUGGAGAAGAAGGAGCCCCCCCUCCGUCCCCCUCCAGAGCUGCCGCCGCCAUUGAAACAUACAAUACAAGAGAAAGCUAGCGGCAGGCGAGAGCAGCCCAGGGGAGUCAGCGGCAGCAGGAGCUUCCCGAGGCGGGGAAGGCGGCGGCGACCCCCGGGCAGUGGAACAGCUUCCACAGGAGAGACUGAGGGAGCCACACAUCAGAAUAUUUGAUUCAGACUCCUGUUCAAAUCCUUUCUCCCCCUGAGUCUGAGGUGGGAAUUGAAUCUGGGUCUCCCACAUUCCAGGAAGAAGCAAGGAGGGAGCUAGAUUUUAUUUUCUUUGCUCCUAAACCUAGCCUAGAUUGGCUCUUCCCAUGGAAAACUUCUGCAGAAGGAAGCCAGAGGGGCAGAAAAACUGCUUUUGUGUAGGUGCAAGUAAAUAAAAACUUUCUGUCAGCAAUUUGAAAGGAAUAUAGCAGCAAGAUGUCUGCCCGAAGUGGGAAAAAGAAAAUGUCCAAAAUGUCACGCUCAAGCAGGGCAGGUGUUAUUUUCCCUGUGGGGAGGAUGAUGCGCUACUUGAGGAAAGGAACAUACAAGUACCGGAUAGGUGUUGGAGCGCCAGUCUACAUGGCAGCUGUCAUAGAAUACCUAGCAGCUGAAAUACUAGAGCUAGCGGGGAAUGCAGCGAGAGAUAACAAAAAGGGAAGAAUUGCCCCCAGACACAUCCUCCUGGCAGUUGCUAAUGAUGAGGAACUGAACCAGUUGCUAAAAGGAGUGACCAUUGCAAGUGGAGGGGUCCUGCCCAGAAUUCAACCAGAGCUUCUUGCCAAAAAACGAGGUGCCAAAGGAAAAUCUGAAACUAUCCUUUCCCCGUCUCCUGAAAAGAGAGGGAGGAAAUCCUUGGUGAGCAAGAAGAGUGGAAAAAAAGCAAAGGCUACCAAAGCCAGGGCACCCAAAAAGAGCAAGCAGAAGGAGAAUGAAAAAGAAGGGGCCUCAAAUUCAACAUCUGAGGAUGGACCUGGGGAUGGAUUCACCAUCCUGUCUUCUAAGAGCCUCGUUCCAGGACAGAAGCUUUCUCUGACACAAAGUGAUGUCAGCCAUAUUGGCUCCAUGAAAGUAGAAGGCAUUGUUCACCCAACAACUGCUGAAAUAGACCUCAAGGAGGAAAUAGGCAAGGCUUUGGAAAAGGCUGGAGGGAAAGAAUUUUUAGAAACAGUAAAGGAGCUCCGCAAAUCACAAGGACCUUUGGAAGUUGCUGAAGCUGCCCUCAGCCAGUCCAGUGGACUAGCAGCAAAGUUUGUGAUCCAUUGUCACAUCCCACAGUGGGGUUCAGACAAAUGUGAAGAGCAACUUGAGGAGACUAUUAAGAACUGCUUAACAGCUGCAGAAGACAAGAAGUUGAAGUCUGUGGCUUUCCCCCCUCUUCCCAGUGGCAGAAACUGCUUCCCAAAACAGACCGCAGCCCAGGUGACUCUCAAAGCCAUUUCCACCCAUUUUGAUGACGCUAGUUCUUCCUCCUUGAAGAACAUUUACUUUCUGCUCUUUGACAGUGAGAGCAUCGGAAUCUACGUGCAAGAAAUGGCCAAGCUAGACACCAAGUAGCUAUGACAGCCAAAUGAAGCUUUAUUUUUCAACAUAAAUUUGAGUAGCAUUAAAGAAUUAGAGGUGGGUUUUAUUUUUAAAAUGUGGUGAAGAGGGGGAAUGUUAGUAGUUUGAUGUUUUGUGACUUAAUGGAGAGCUUUGCUAUGGAGGAGAGGGUUUAGUCUGUGAUUAAUUCUUGCUAUAGAUACCCCCUACCAUUUUAUAUCACCUUAAAGAAAUCUUGAGUAGUUAAUUUGACAGCUCUCUUCAAAAGUUUGUUUAAAUGUGUCUUGCUUUUUUUCGUUUAGGACUCAUUUUAGAUUUGUAGCUUUGAAUUUUACACACACACAAUUCUUUGUUCCCCUUCCUUUUUUUGAGGGUGGAUGGCAAAAUGUUAAUUUUUUUUGUCUACAUUCCAUGUUGGAGAGAGAAUUUUAAAGAUGUACUAGGACCUUCUAUUUUGUUUUACCCCAUAAUAAUCUCUGUAAUUACUGAGAA